UCUCGGUUCAGUCUGUCGCAACGGUUUUCUUCUUCUUCUCUUUGUUUAACUGAGAAGUUCUGAUCAACAAACUGCGGCUGCUGCAGGCGGAUUAAACCCGGAUUAAAUCCGAAUUAAAGGCUGACGAGCUGCAGGAGCGGGAUCUGAAGACCCGGGACCUGGAGACUCGGGACCUGGAGACCUGGGACCCGGAGCGGAUCAGAGGGGAGAGGAGUGUUUGGACCAGAAUCCGGAUCAUGGGUCGGUAGGACGGACGGACGGACGGACCGACGGACUCUGUGGAAACUUUUUUCUUUGUCUCCAUGGAGACGGGAGUUUUUCCCGGCAAUUAAGGAGUUGAUCACACUGUGAUCAGGUAUUGAUACCCUGUAUUGAUCGUGUAUUGAUCGGCGGGAUGGGCGCGCUCCUCCUGCUGCUGCUCGCGCUCUUGACCUGCGGACACGCCAAGAGCGCGUUCACGCAGCGACCAUCCUACAGCCUGUACGCCGGUGGGCACGCGCACGGAGCUCGAGCUGCCAGCAGACACAGAAACUGGUGUGCAUUUGUGGUGACGAAGACAGUGAGCUGUGUGGUCGAGGACGGAGUAGAGACCUACGUGAAGCCUGAUUAUCAUCCAUGCAGCUGGGGGAGCGGACAGUGCAGCAGGGUGGUGGUGUACCGCACCUACAUGAGACCCCGCUACAAAGUGGCCUACAAAAUGGUAACAGAGAUGGAAUGGAAGUGUUGCCACGGUUACAGUGGAGAGGACUGCAACGAUGGUCCAGUUGGAGGAGCAGGAACUCAGCCCAGACCGGGACAAGGAGCACAGAGGGGAGAGACGAACUAUGGACAGGGGGGAGGAGGAGGAUAUGGACCUGGACAGAGUGGAGGACCCAGUGGACGAGUUGAGAAUGAGAAGAUGAGGCAGCUGGAGGAGAAGAUCCAGAGUUUGACCAAAAACCUCCAGGACCUUCAGUCCACCCUGAGCAACAUGAACAGACUGGGCGUCAGUGCAGGAGGAGGAGGAGGAGGAGGAGGAGGAGGAGGAGGUACCUCCUCAGGAGGAAGAAACCCGGCUGAUGCAGCUCAGCCCGAGAUUAAAGAGACGAUUCACAGCAUUCAGACCAAACUGGACCAGCUGGACAACCGUACACAGGCUCAUGAUAAAACUCUGGUCAGCAUCAACAACCACCUGGUGAAUGGGAAAGGGAACGACCUGGAUGGAGGUCUGUCUGGAGGAGGACUGAGUGGAGGAAGGCUGAAUUCACUGAAGGAGGAGAUCCUGAGGGAGUUGGAGAGGAGGGUGUCGCUAUCCUGCUCCUCCUGUCAGGCUGGUGUGGAGGAUCUGCGCCGGCAGCAGCAGGAGGACAGGGAGAGUAUCCGAGGUCUGCAGAAGCAGUUGAAUGCCAUGGAUGUUCGGUAUCGGCAGGGCUUGGACGGGCUGCGACGGGAAGUGAUGCAUCUGAAAGGAUGCUGUGACACUGUUGAUGACCUCCAAAACCGCAUCACUGAUGCUGAGCGCAAGAUCAGCUCGGCCUCAGAGAACUUUGAUGUUCUGCAGAACCGUGUGGACAAGGAGCUCAGCGGAGGAGGCGGCAGCAGCAACAGGGAGAAUGGCAGCUUCAGAGGAGGAGGGUUUACUGGUGGCGAUGGAAUCAGGGGAAGAGGGAGGGAUGUUGUGGUGACGGAGGACAGACUGGACAAUCAGCUAAAGGACCUGGAGCAGCGGAUCAACAACACUGUGCAGCGGACGGAGCAGAGCUGCUCAUACCUGGAAAACGAUCUGAAGGACUACAUUCACAGAGAACUGGGGGACCUGAGAACGGUCUUCCUGGACCGCUUUGAUGACCAGGCCUUCAGGAUCGCAGACGUGGAGCUGGACGUGGGGCUGGUGAAGGACAGGGUGAGCGACCACGACAACCGGCUGUCCAACCUGGAAAACAAGACGUCCCUCCUGAGCUGGAGUCUGGAGGAGUGCGGCUGUGGAGGGUCUGAGGGAGGAGGAGGAGAAGGGGGAAGAGGAGGGGGUGACUGGGUAGGUGGAGGAGGACGUUCAGAAGAACGUCCAGGAGGAGGAUCUACAGGUGGAGGGUCAACAGGUGGAGGGUCUACAGGUGGAGGGUCUACAGGUGGAGGAUCUACAGGUGGAGGGUCUACAGGUGGAGGAUCUACAGGUGGACGGUCUACAGGUGGAGGAUCUACAGGUGGAAGGUCAACAGGUGGAGGAUCUACAGGUGGAGGGUCUACAGGUGGAGGGUUACCUGGUUCAGGAGGAGACAGAGAGAGUGCAACAGAGAAAUCACUGGAGUGGAGAGUGAUCGCCAACGAGGAUCAGAUUCGACACUUUAACACUCGACUCAAAGACCUGUCGGUUUCUGGAGACUCUCUGCUCGACAAGGUGGUGGACCUGAGCCAUGACGUCCGUAAGAUCAAAGCUCUGACUGGAGAUCAUGGCGAACACUUUAACCGGAUCGUGACGGAGGUAGAGCAACUGGGACACGACUGUGAGCUGUGCAGGAAGGUGGAGGACGAGCUUCGGAGGCUGAAGAAUCAUUCCCAAGAUGCACUGGGGCACGUGCAGAGCCACAUCAACAGACUCCAGAUCAGAUUGGACUCAGGGAGGGACGGCUGUUUCCAGAUGUGUUCACAGCUGGAGGACGACGUCCGCCUGCUAAGAGAUGAUGUUAGGAGGUGCACCGGCCAAUGUAAGACCAGCUCGGACACGCCCACAGGUGGUGGAACUGGUGGCACUGGUGGCGCUGGUGCUGGUGGUAGCAGUGGACGUGGACCUGGGUUGGAUGCUGAGAAGCCUCUAGAUGGCCACAGCGUGAUCGGAGGCUCCAUCAACAACAACCAGCUGAAGACGCUGCAGGGUGAACUGUCUGAGGUCAUCCUCACCUUCAGCUCCAUCAACGACACCCUUAAGGGACUCGAACACACGGUGCAGAAACACGGCAGCGUCAUCACCGACCUUGGAAACACAAAGGAUAAGAUCAUUUCUGAGCUGGACAAAAUCCAGCAGGAGGUGACGGAGCACAUCGAGGACAGCCGCGACCGUCUGGACGGGAUGGACGGGGACGUGCGGCGGUUUGAGAACACACUCUUGGUGGAGAUGGGAGACUGUAAGAGGUCUGGAGACGGUCUGGAGAAGAGGCUGUCGAAGCUGGAGGGAGUCUGUGGGCGGCUGGAUGGCGUCUCUGAUUCCAUUCUGAAAAUUAAAGAAGGUUUAAAAGGUUUGUGUAAGGCAAUCAGCAGCUCAGACCGUCAUGUUUAUCAUCACACAGGCCUGCCUGGACCCCCAGGACCCCCCGGAGAAAGAGGCUUCAAUGGAGUGCCAGGUCCCCGAGGGCCCCUGGGACCUCCUGGACGGCCAGGUGAAAGUGGAACACGAGGUCUGCCCGGUCCCAAAGGUGAAACAGGUCUGCCUGGUGCGGACGCUCACGUUCCCCGACUGUCAUUCUCUGCGGCUCUCACCGUUCCCAUGGAGCGAGCCGGAACUAUCGUUUUUGACAAGAUUUUUGUCAAUGAAGGAGAUUUCUAUGACCCAAGAACAGGUAUUUUCACCGCCCCCGUAGAUGGACAUUACUUCUUCAGUGCCAUCCUGACGGGUCAUAAGAAUGAGAAGAUUGAGGCGGUUCUGUCUAAGUCGAACUACGGCAUGGCGCGGGUGGAUUCUGGAGGCUACCAGCCUGAAGGUCUGGAGAACAACCCUGUGGCCGAGGCUAAAACCACUCCAGGAUCUCUGGCUGUCUUCAAUAUUAUCCUGCCUCUGCAGACUCGGGACACGGUCUGCAUUGACCUGGUGAUGGGUAAACUGGCGCACUCUGUGGAGCCCCUCACUAUCUUCAACGGCGUGCUGCUGUAUGAAGACAUGUGACCAUGUUCUGACAAAACCACAGGAGGCUGCACUAUAAAGUAUGAUGUCACUUCCUUUUUGAAGAAUGAUGCUAAACAGAUGAACAGAUUUGUGUUUCCAUAUUCAAACAGAUCACAUGUUCUUGUUUUAUGAUAUAAAUCUAAAGAGUCACUUCAUGUGUGGAUGACAUGAGGUCAUAUGAUGUUAAAUCAGAGCAGGACUGUGAGGACAGAUGUUUCUGUAAACCAGGAUCACGUGAUGACUUUUAGACCUGCCUCCUCUUGAUGCUUGAAACUGUUGUAGUUAAGAAUUACAGUGUUAACACUCUGAAGCAACCCCUAAAGGCUGCAGAGUUCAUUACAGCCACAGUAUGAACAAACUGAUCCUCAGAGAGUCAUCAAAGCUACGAAGAUCAGCAUCUGAAUGUUAACUGAUCAUCUGACUGGGAGAUGUUGAGAUGUCAGAUCAUAGAGUGAGAUGUUGGACGGACAGAAAGAUGGACUCUCAUUGCCGUCGUUGAGACCCGUCCCUGGUGGCUCAGACGUUGUCACAGCAACAUGUGUCAGUGCGGCUCUAAAUAUGAUGAAAACAAAGAAAGCUUUAUAAAAGCAGAAUGUGUUUCCUGUUGGAUUUUAUGACUGAGAUGAGUUCACAUUGUGAAUGUUAAGCUGCAGUGUUUCUUAUUUUGUUUGUAUGUACUGCCAAGUAUUUAAGCCAUUGUCACAUAAUUUCACUCUGAUGGACAAAUGUUACAAGACAAAGCUGAAAAUACUCCAUUUUCUCAUUGUUAGGAAAUCCCAUUAAACGUCCGGUGAUGGAUAAAAUAUUCAGAUUAUAUCAAUGAAUCAAUCAAUUUUAUUCAUAAAGCCCAAUAUCACAAAUCAGAAUUUGCGUAACAGGGCUUUACAGCAUAUGACAUUCCUCUGUCCUUAGGACCCUCACAGCUGAUCAGGAAAAACUCCCCCAAAAAACUUCAACAGGGGAAAAAAACAGUAUGAAAACCAGCAAACAAACUUAAUUUCAGGUAAAAUCCUGCAGUCUAAAUGUUACUUAAUACAAGUCUCAUCAACCAAAUGUACUUAAAGUAUUAAAAGUCCAACAACAGAGCUCUGAGGUUAAAGGGAUUUUUUGGGGAGUUUUUUCUGAUCAGCUGUGAGGGUCCUAAGGACAGAGGGAUGUCGUAUGUUGUAAAGCCCUGUGAGGCAAAUUGUGAUUUGUGAUAUUGGGCUUUAUAAAUAAAAUUGAUAAAUAUCAGGCGUUGAUACACAACAUGUGUUAGUGGAUUAAUUCAUUUAUUAAUGUUUUGAGUGUGAAAAUGGGAUCUAUUGACAAAAAUAGAAAUAUUUAGUAUUAUCAGAUGAAGAUUUUCAGACUAAUAUUACACACAUGAAGCUGAGAACGAUGGAUAACAUGUCACUGCCUGAGAAGGACAAAGGGUAUGAAUGAUGUAUUUCAACAGAUGAAGACAUUAAAGAUUUCCGUUGGUCGUCAGUUAUAGACGUGAUGUGAGGUCGUGUUUGUCUCGACUCUUCACAGUUUACAGAUAAACUGAUGGAGAAAAGGAUUACAGAUAUUUAUAAUAUGAUACGUAUGUUCAUUGACACUUAAGCAGAUCUGAACAGCAGUGGAUUUAACAGACUAUUCUUUUACAGGUUUUAGUUCCAGUUUUGAUAUUAACUUGUCCUUUACACUUCACACUAUUGUAUUGACAAAUAAUUUUCACUGUCAUUAAACACAAGUCAAACCAGG